AGUGGGGAGGUAGGCGACGGUAUGCGGAGAAGCAGCUCUGCUGACCUUUCUUACACUGGGUCUACUUUAAGCGGAGCUACUGUAUUUCCUUGUGGGAAUAAAUGGGCAGAGAGUCGGGUUUUGAAAAUGGAUCGGUUUCUCAGGAAAUUGAAAUGGAAAAAGCACUGAAUCGUCUGUGUAGAGCGGCUCAUGUACAUGUUGGUUCCACACUGCGACUUUAAAGAGCUUGCGUGCGAGUCUCGUUUUGUGGCUUAGGAAAUAAGGAAGAAAAAUUCCCCCUGGCCAGUUUGGCUGGCUUCUAUUCUUGCAGGGUGUAUGGCUUCUUCUCCCAGCAACAUUAAGUGUACCUGAAAGAUGGAAAUUUUGAAGCCAUCAUGGCUGAGAAGAAGACCUCAGGAGGACAGCUGCUGCUGCUGUUGCUGAUCAUUGCUGUUGCCUUCAUACACUUAGCUGUUUGCCCAUUUACGAAAGUAGAGGAAAGCUUUAAUCUGCAGGCCAUCCAUGACAUUGUCUACCACAAACUGGACUUGGAGAAGUAUGAUCAUCUUGAAUUUCCUGGAGUUGUCCCAAGAACAUUCCUCGGUCCAAUUUUUGUUGCUGUGCUGUCCAGCCCUGCCCUGUUUGUGCUGUCUCUGUUGCAGAUGUCUAAAUUAUACUCCCAGUUGAUAGUCCGAGGAAGCCUGGGGUUGAGUGUGAUUUAUGCAUUGUGGCGGCUGCACAAAGAAGUAAGAAAGCAGUUUGGUUCCACCGUGUCCAUGGUCUUCUGUCUGAUAACUGCUACUCAAUUCCACCUGAUGUUUUACUGCACUCGAACUCUCCCUAAUGUGUUUGCACUCCCUAUUGUUUUAUUGGCAGUUACAUCUUGGAUACAGCAAAAACAUCACUCCUUUAUCUGGCUCUCAGCUUUGGCAAUUAUCGUCUUCAGAUCAGAACUCUGUAUAUUUCUUGGUCUUAUGCUUCUGGUGACCUUAUGUAAUAAGAGACUCUCCAUUGUGAAGAUGUUUUCCUAUGCUGUUCCUGCAGGGGCUUUUUGGUUAGGGCUUACAGUGGCCGUGGACUCUGUAUUUUGGAGGCAUCUCCUAUGGCCUGAGGGGAAAGUGCUCUGGUAUAACACAGUUCUAAAUAAAAGUUCCAACUGGGGCACCUCCCCUUUCUUUUGGUAUUUUUAUUCAGUCCUGCCUAGAGCUCUGGGAUGCAGUAUUAUAUUUAUACCCCUAGGUGCACUAGACAAAAGGACCCGCCUAUUAAUUCUGCCUGCACUUGGUUUUGUUUUUUUGUAUUCAUUUCUCCCACACAAAGAGCUGCGGUUUAUCAUAUACACAUUUCCAGUCUUCAAUAUAGUGGCUGCCAAAGGCUGCUCACGAAUUCUAAACAAUUACAAGAAGUCUUGGCUCUAUAAAAUAGGAUCUCUUUUCGUCGUAGCACACCUUCUAGCUAAUGCUGCAUACUCAGGAGCAUCACUCUAUGUUUCACAUUUCAAUUAUCCUGGAGGAGUCGCAAUGCAAACAUUGCACCAGUUAGUUCCUCCAAGUACAGAUGUUUCUGUCCAUAUAGAUGUGGCUGCAGCACAGACUGGAGUCUCCCGGUUUUUGGAAGUCAAUCUGGAUUGGAAAUACGACAAAAGAGAAGACCUUAAACCUGGUGACUUGCUCAUGUUCUCAUACACCCACAUACUGAUGGAGAUGGACCCUAUUCAACUGCUGCAUUAUAAGACAACACACCGAAUACUGGCACAUGUACCUGGGACCAGUGGAAUUGGACUUAACUUGACUUCACUACCUCCUUUUACUUUAAACUUGAACUCUAAGCUGGUAUUGUUGGAAAAACUUCCUCCUCCUCCUGGACCAUAACUCUUUGACAGGCGUUAAAUACAUUUACCAGUGAAAUUCUACUGCACUGUUUGAAACCAUAAUGCAACAGCUGUGAAAGAUCAAGAGAACUGUAUUUGACUUUUUGUGUGUGUCUGAGAAAUACAUGUUCUGAAAUUACCUGCCACACACACACACACAGCCAUGUGUAUAUAUUUUCAUGCAAUUGCACACUUUUUAAAAUCUAAUGCAGAAAGUUCUAUAUAAUGUGGUUUACAAAGAUGUAACGUAUGGUUUAUAGCUACCAGGUAAUAUACACCCCAUACACCUGUAGCAUUUUUUUGUAUUCCAUAUUUACAGAUGUGUGCAUUGAAAGGGUAUACUAAUGUGUUUCCCCUGCUAGCUGCUAGGUAGAGAUUGUCAUUUUGAACCACAUCAAGUCUAAACAGGUUCUGAGCUGUUUGAAUAUUCUCACUAGCAAUACAUAGUGGAAGAGCAAGACUGCAGCCAAACACCUUACCCACAAAGACUGUCUCUUGUGCUCAUACUUAUGUAGGUAUCGCACUUGAGUAGCACCUUUGUGGGGAAAAAACCCACAUUUAAGCCCAAACUGCAAAAUGGAUAUCCUCUAUAAAAUGUGGGCAUUUACUGCUUAGUAUGGGUGUUAGAUUUACUCCUAUGCAGCUGCUGUUCAACAUGAUGCCUCCAUACGUAUCUAUCCAAAGGCAGCACAGGGGUUCUGAUUGGUAGGUGCAACCCCCCACCCAGUAUACCUGAUAAGCCUUUUGAACCAGCCCUCUACCUUUAUAUACAGGCACUUGUGGGACACUUGGUAGACAUCAUGAAAUGUCACCCUUGAAGAUAUUUUUACAAGAGAGAUGCCUAAACAUGAAUCAAGAAGGAAACAGUAUGUCCUUAAUUAUAUUGCAAUCAGUGUCAGCUGCAAUUUUAGCUAUUUUGGCUGAAGAAUGCAAAACCUCUUUAAUCACUGUUUAAUUCAAUUAACUCUUCUUUUACUGAAAAAAAGAUUUUCUACGGUUUAUUUUAAUUAAACUUUGCAUUUUGUGAAUUGGUGAGGUAUAUUUAAAAUGAGCAAGCAUACUAAGUUAGACAGAUCAAUGGUUGUAUGUGGUUUUCUUGGUAGUGACAACAGAACAUUCACACACAUCUUAAAAAUUAGUGUGUUUUGAUGUAAGUAUAUUUGUGUUUUUCUUACAAGUCUCAAGGCUGAAUUGGUACUGCUUUAAGCUUUUCACAACCGCUGCCCACUUCAAAAGAAAACAUUUCAUGCAAGUGUUUUUUAAAAUUGCUCAUCUGCUUCUUUUAUAAGAACUAAUCAUGGGUGUUUAUAAUGCUGGGUGGAGCCACAGUGCAGAUCUACAAAUGCAACAAAUAUCAACCUGUAAAACCAGUUCAUCCACACUGUCCUGUAGUUCCCUUGCAUACUAUGCCACACAUUUGAUCAAUUUUAUUGUGCAUCAAAGAAAACACAAUAUUUCUUCCUUGAUGUAGGAGUUAUUCAGUAGUUGCUGGUGCCACUCUGGGCAGGUGAAGCAGUAACCUGGCUUUAAGGCAAAGUACUAAACUUAUCCAAACACCCAACAUCUAUUAACUAACAUAAUAAGCAUGGGGCCUUUUUUGUAGAUCAAGUCUUGCUGCUAUAUUCUGGGAUGGGAAUCUAUUCUUUAAACUGAAAAGAAUUGCUAGGGGGGGGGAACUCUUACACUACCUGGCCCGGCCCAUCUGUAGUAAAGCAUAUACCUAUAAACAGCACAAUUUGUAAUUAUUACCAAGAACAGGCAUCUGUCUGUGUAUUCAAAAGAUGCAUGCCUCAUUAGGUGGCUUGAGGUUUUUUGAGGCUAAAGAACACCUUAACAGUACCUCUGCAUUAGCUCAUAAGGUAUGCUGUUGAAAUCUGUGUUUAGGACUUACCCAAAUUAAAAAAACCUACUAUGUGGUGUCCCUAGAACAUGUAUUCCACAUUUCUGAAAUGUAUAUAGGGAUGGCCACCAUUGCAAUAAUUAGAAAUUGAAUCAUUGGUGGCGGUGGGGUGUAAACAUGUCACAAGUUCUCCUGGUUCUAAUGUUUUUGUUCCUGGAACAUAUGAUCUCUAGCUGUGGGCAUCAAUAAAAGAUUAUACAGCCAUACUGUAA